CAACGAUUGUUCGCUAGUUUCAUUUCUAACUAAAGUCAGCGAAAAUACGCUUCGUGAAAAGGAAGUAGAAGAGCGAACAGCUUUUGAAUGCUGUUUUGAUUGUGGUCGAAGUGGGGAUAAAGCCAGCUUUCCUUCGUUGUAUGAAAUUGCACCUUUAGAAAAAAAAACACAUCGCAGCUAUAAAACAACGAAAAUUUAAACGGCGGAAAAUUACAAGUCUUAUCAAGAGGAAAAUGCGAGGUUCUUGUUUAACGACCAUGCAUUCUUAUCAAAAUGAGUUUCAAGAUAUAGAGAAGAAAAAUAAUUUGUCAUUGCACGCACGUGUUCUGCAUGCAUUUCUGUCUGGUCUCAAGUCCUCAAAGGAGAAAUCUCGAGUCGACACGGAAGAAACCGGAGCUAUUUCCACGAGGAAGUAUCUCGAUCGAUGCUUUAUUAAUUUACAUGCUCAGGAGCCAUGGCCACAACCGAUUACCUUGUAUCAGCCUUACGAGGUCGAGCAAAUUUUGCUUCCCGACAAUGCAAACUGUCUUGCGGUACAGGCUUUCCUCAAGAUGUGUCAGCUCGAUUUUCAAAUAGAACCGAGAAAGAAUGCAGAGUUUAUGUCACCGUCGGGCCGCGUGCCCUUCAUCAAGUGCGGCACAAAGUUAAUAUCUGAGUUUGAUGGUAUAGUGGCACACAUAGGAAGUAAAGGAGUAAGCCUUUCCGAUCAUCUGGAUCCUGAUGGCAAAGUAGACAUGAGGGCAUACCAGUCUCUUGUUAACAAUGUAUUUGUUAAUGCGGAACUGUACAUCUGCUGGGUAGACCCUGCAAUUUUGAACGUCACAAAGCAGAGGCAUGGAAGCGUAUACCCUUGGCCACUUAAUCAUUAUCUGAAUUGGCAGAAGAGACGAGAAGUCAUAAAAAAACUCAGCGUACUUGGCUGGUACAACAAAAGUUUGGAUGAAGUUUUCGACGACGUAAAAAAGUGUUGCAUAGCAUUAUCUGAGAGGCUAGCGGAUGAAGAAUUUUUCUUUGGGAAAGACAAACCCAACGAGUUGGACGCUUUGGUUUUUGGUCACAUAUUCACGAUAAUCACGACGCCGCUACUUGACAACAAGCUGGCAAUGAUCGUACGGGAUCAUCCGAAGCUCGUGAAUCUCUGUAAACGCAUCGAGAUUAGCUUUUUUUCUCCUCAAGCUAUAGACAGUCAGACUAAUGAAACGCUGGAGUUCAAGAAUUAAGCCAAUGAUUCAACCGUACCGAGGAUAUCGAAUUAAAAGAAAACGACGACUUUUGUUUAAACUAAAUUCAAACGUGAUAUCCCAAUGUUAGGCAAUAAAAGCAUGCCAAAACACGUUGAAGCAUGGUUUUCGGAAGCUAUUUACUAGGUAUAAAAUCUCGUGUUCAUAAAAUGUGCCGUCGAUUAUGUCAUAUCAAUGUUCCUGGUGAUAUUUAUAUCUUUCUAUAUAUUUAUAAUUAUUUUAUUCAAGUAUGUAAUUAGUAAUAUUAUGUAUAUUGUUAAGCGCGCACUGUUACGUUAAAGUAUAUCAUACAUGUACAGUAAUGUAGAUGCAGGGAGAAACAAUUUUCUAGUCAAUACACCAAUCUCCAAUUUUAUGUCUGUUGUAUACAGAUAUAGGAGAGGUAACUUUCGAUGUAUACGUUGUGUAUAUAUGUAAUGACUGCAUGUAAAAUUUGAAUACAAUCUUUCUUUGAGUCUAUAUUAAUGUUCAAUAUGUUUCUUGUCUCCAGCGUUUCAGUCAUUGCACCAUUGAAACGCAAAUCAAGAGAAAUCUGUCUAUAUUCAUUAUUUUAUUGAUAUUAUGUCUGUUGUCAAUUUAGUUUUAUAACAAUAACACUGUCGUUAAGAAUUUAACUUCGGGGUGAUUUGUGUGUGGCUGUACGUGAUUCAAAUAAUUUCACAAAUAACAAUCAAUUUGCUUUAUUAUUAUUAUUUGUGCAUAAUGUGAGUAUAAUCUUAAACUAUCAUAAACACUACGAGAUGUAAGAUUUCUGCGAUGCUUUCUGUUACAUUAUGCUGCUAAUUCUGUUCUUUUUGAUACUGAAUUCGGUCUAUACUUAUUAUAUUAUAAAUUAUACACAGAUUUAUAAUGUAGCACAUGUAAUCGUGUAUAAUUAUAUAAUUAUAUGAUACGCAUAAUUAUAUAAUUAUAUAAUUAUUGACAG